CGGAGGGCGGGUGCGGAUUUGGGGCGCGGGGACGCGGGGCGGCGCGAAGCGGGGCCCUCUGCCGCCCCGCACUCCCAUGUACGCCUUCUACUCGCUGCUGAUCUACAUUUUCUACAGCCUCUUUCGCAGGGAUGGCGGGGCCGCGGCGGCCGCGGUCCCUGGGAACCCCUCCCAGAGUACCCGCUGCAAGCCUGGGGACCGCCGCCGUUCUGACCAGACCACAGGAGAACUGUGGACCGAGCUGACCGGCCUGGUCGGCUGCCCGGAGUCUGAGGAUGGGCCGGGAGGGGGAGCUGAGGGCGGUCCAGCCGAGGUCUCCCUGGAAGAGGCUCUGGUGCGUGUUGCUGAGUUCCUCUCAGUCCAGCUGGGGGCAGAGGAGAGCUUUGGGAAUCCUCCCGACCUGAGCAAGCCUGGUGAUGUCCCCCCAUUGUUGACGGUGACUGGUCAGCUCUUGGCCCUCCUGGCAUGGAUUCGGAGCCCCAGGGGGAGGCAGGCCGUGCCCCAGGGGACUCAGGCAGCCUCAGGGGUGCAGUCCCCCAUUCCUGCUGGAACCCCAUCCCAAGACGAAAGCCCUUCCCUUUCACCAAGGGGUGAGGCCCAGGGGCAGCAGCCUCCCCAGUUGGAGGAGAACCAGAGAGCUUGGCAGCGGCUGGAACAGCUCAUCCUUGGACAGCUGGAAGAACUGAAGCAGCAGCUGGAACUGCAGGAGAAGGAGCUGGGCCAACUGCGCCUGGGAGUGGGGGCGACAGACUCGGAGAAAAGGGUUCAGUAUCUAACUCUGGAGAACAAGGCCCUGAAACAGAGCCUGAGCCUUACUCGGGACCUCCUGCUGCACUGCGGCCCUGGCCCCCUCAGCAGGGCCCCACAGGAGGAGGCAGAAGCACUGGCGGAGCUCCAGGGCCGACUGCAGGAGGCCCAGGACACCACGGAAGCCCUCCGAGUCCAGCUGGGGGCACAGGAGAUGCAGCUGCAGGGCCUUCGGGGGGCCCUCCAGCAGCUCCAGCAGGAGACUGAGCAGAACUGCAGAAGGGAGCUGCAGCAGAUGCAUGGGCAGCUAGCAGGACUUCGUGCACGCAUGGCCAGCUUGCGUCAGGGCUGUGGGGACCUCCGAGGCCUGGUCAGCACCUUUACCCAGAGCUGUCAGGGUUCGCUGAGUGAAGCCCGGGGUCAGGUAUCCUGGGCCCUGGGGGCACUGUCAGCUGGAGGGGCUGGGACCAAGUUCCAGGAGGCAAAGCAGGGGCCCCUAGCUGGAUGCCCAGGGCGGCUGUUGGAGCUCAAAGGAAACAUCCGUGUGCUGUGUCGGCUGAGGCCAGGGACACCCUCCAGCCUGGUGAGCUUGGAGCCUGGCCCGGGUGGCACUGUCACCACCUGCUAUCGAGGGCACCAGCGUCGCUUCCGCCUAGACUGGGUCUUCCCUCCACAUGCCAGCCAGGAGGAGGUCUUCAGAGAACUGGAGUCAGCUGUGCUGUCCUGCCUUGGAGGCUACAGUGUCUGCAUUUUCACCUAUGGUCAGACGGGGACAGGGAAGACCUACAGCAUGGAGGGUCCACCUGAGGACCCUGGCAUAGCUCCUAGGGCACUGCAGUCACUGUUCCGGGAGAUGGGGACAGGGGGACAGCACCACGUGACACUCAGCAUGGUGGAGAUCUACAACGAAGCUGUCAGGGACCUCCUAGCCCCAGGGCCUCCCCAGCGCCUGGCCGUGAGGCAAGGCCCAGCAGGCCAGGGGGGAAUCCAGGUGGCUGGCCUCACCCACUGGGAAGUGCCCAACCUGGAGUCGUUGCAUCAGAUGCUGAGCCUGGGAAGGGGCAACCGGGCCACCGCCGCCACCGUCAUGAACCAGCACAGCUCUCGUUCGCAUGCCCUGGUCACGCUGACUCUGCGCACGGCGUCCCCACUGCGCGGUCCUGCCACCUCAGGCACGUUGCACCUGGUGGACCUGGCCGGAUCCGAGCGUGCCUGGAAGGCGGGGACAGCCGGCACCUCGUGGGAGGACCGGGACGGUGCCCAACGUCUGCGGGAAGCUCGGACCAUCAAUCGCUCGCUGCUGGCGCUGGGAGGCGUGAUGACUGCGCUGCGGGCCCGCCGGCCACACGUGCCCUUCCGCGAUUCGCAGCUCACACGCUUGCUGCAGCCCGCACUCGGCCCCGGCGCCACGGCAGUGCUGUUGCUGCAGAUCUCCACGCGGCCCGAGGAUCUCGGCGAGACCGUGUGCUCGCUCAAGUUCGCCGAGCGAGUGGGCCAAGUGGAGCUGGGGCCGGCUAGGCCCCGCAGGGCCCCGCGCUCUGGGACGCCCUCCUCCCUGAGCACGGACACACCGCUCACUGGGACGCCCUGCACGCCGACGCCAUCCCCCGGCAGCCCGCCAAGCCCUGGCCUGGACAGCGGCUCCAGCUCGGCCCUCUCACCACCAGAGGAGCUGCCUUCGUAGUCCCGCCCGAGGAGUCUGGAGUCGCGUCUCUGCCGGCAGAGGCAGCAAAGACCCCACUCUCCUCACGACCUCCUCGACCUCUAGGGACCCAGUGCCCCCAAAACUCCCAGUCUACCUGCCUCUCCUCUAACCCCGUGUUUGGCCUGGGGUAAUGACUGCCUCCCCUUGGCCCAGGCUCUCAGCCCCUUCCUUAUCACCAUCUGAUGUUAUCGCAGUGCGCCGCAGGGGGUCUCAGAGCUGGGAGGCAGACCCUGGCCAAGUGGUCACCAGAGUCACUACCCAGCCACCAAAUAUCAGACUUGCAUUAAAAUGUUGUCUGUUCCUUUACUGUUAUCUUCCCCACUACCACCAUCAAAACUAGGUAGGGCCUCUGUUCCCUCUCCCCCAGAAGGUGCUACCCCCUUUCCAGGCAUUUGAGGAAGGACAGGAUUUCAGGCCGGAGCUGCCAUUAGGCUUUCCCUCCCCCAGCCCGGAGCCAGGGAGGGGAGGUGACUGAUGGUGAUGGAUGGUUGGAUAGAUGGGCAGAGGGCCAGAGAUGAUGGGACCAGGAAGGGCUACUCCAAACAGAGCCCUGCUCCCAGCCUUGCCUUGGGGUAGGUGAGGCAUGGCUGACUACCAGGGCCAGGGUGACACCCAGCUGGGCCACAGCUCUUCUGGGGCAGUCCAGUAAACAUGUGGACUCUCA